UUUCUUUUUUUUUUUUUUUCUUUUUUCGCGUGUUUUGUUUUGAUUUUUCUCCCCUCCGCUUUGACCUCACUAUCAAGCGGGAGCUGGGGGCCGAGCGCCUUUUCGGAGCGACCGGCCGCCGGCCCGUGGCUGCGCGCCGCUAGCCGGGAUGCCUCUCCCCGCGGCGCUGCUGCCGGCGCUUCUCCUGGGGCUGCUGUGGCCGGGGGCGGUGCGCGGCCGGCCGCCCCCGGGCCGCCUCCCCGCCGGGCCCCGCCAGCGGCGCUGGGACGCGGCUCUCUUCGCCCGUUCCGUGGCGCGUCUCCAGGCCGAGCGCCGCGACGCCGCCCGCGACGGCGACUAUCUCCUGGGCAUCAAGCGGCUGCGGCGUCUCUACUGCAACGUGGGCAUCGGCUUCCACAUCCAGGUCCUGCCCGACGGCCGCAUCGAUGGGAUCCACAGCGAGAACCGAUACAGUCUGCUGGAAAUCUCCCCUGUGGAAAGAGGAGUGGUGAGCAUAUUUGGUGUUAGAAGUGGACUCUUCGUGGCCAUGAAUAGCAAAGGCAAACUCUAUGGAUCUACCCAUUUCAAUGAUGAGUGCAAAUUCAAAGAGAUCCUCCUGCCAAACAACUACAAUGCUUACGAAUCCAGGAUUUAUCCCGGGAUGUACAUAGCCCUGAGCAAAAAUGGAAGAACAAAGAAAGGCAAUAAAGUAUCUCCCACAAUGACGGUGACACAUUUUCUUCCUAGAAUCUGAGACAUCUCCCUUCCGACCUACCUCAGCACAGGGAAAGACUCAGAACAUGUUUGGGAAAAAAGAAACGUGGUGCACUUUUACUGGAGAGUUUUAUGCAAGAGUAGGUGUAAGAUAUUUAAAUUAAUUAUUUAAAUCUGUAUAUAUUGCCACUAAAUUUAUUUAUAGUUCUGAUUUUUUUUUUUUUUCCUGAGAACAAAACAAACCUCCAAGCCUAGGUAUUUCAUUUCAUGGUGCAACAGUAGGAGAUUUUUGCUUUGUGGUUUAUUUAAUUCGUUUCCUAAGUUAUCACAGGUGUGCUGCUACUACGCGUUCUAUAACCGGUGACACUCAGUUCCUACUACAUUACAACAUUUUGCACUGUUGGUGUGUUGUACAGCGUCUAUUGUUGUACGUGUACUUGUUUGCUAUGUUGGCUUUGUUCCUCUGCGUGUUUUCAAAACCCCCACGACUCCCAGAGAAGCUCUUGGCCUUUGAGAAGGAGCAGCACGGAGGUGCCUGGGUGGGAUGCCGGCGCGGAGCCACACACAAUGCCUGACCUCCUUUGUGCAGCGUUGCUAUUUAAUUGGAAUGGUAUCGGUUUACUUCGGUGCAGAAAGUGCGGUGCUGAAGAGCUGCCCCACAAAUCUGUUUUUAGAUCUGCCAGUGCUGAACUUUGAACUUUCCUGCAGUCAGUCUUAGGGCUGCCAAGCAGCGGAGAGGUUUAAGCACCUAU